CACAGCCCACUACUGCUUCACUUUCAAAUGGUCCUCACAGUAUUCUGAAGGCCCCCCCCAGGAAGCACGUGGUGGACACGGACAUCGAGUUCUACCACGUUCCGUCUCACGGCGAUGCCAGCAGGACACGCAUCAUGGAGGAUACGGAGGAUUGGAGGCCUCGGGCUGGGACCACCCAAUCACGAUCCUUCAGGAUCCUGGCCCAGAUCACUGGCACCGAGCACGCUCCAGAGAAGGAGAGCGACGACAAGAAGAAGCCAGAUUCUCUGCUGGUGGAGACACACCCUGGACAGGUCAGUGGUCCUCAUGCACCAAUCACAUCAGACCAGGAAGUGACUCUGCCUUCCCCAGCCCUGUCCAAUGGCGCCACGGCCCCUCCCAUUCACAUCCACCAACCACAGCCAACCACAGCGGACUUGACCAAUCAGGCGCAGCCUGAGGAGAGGGAGGAUAAACCCACUUCCUAUCAGCUCUUGAGAGGACUUACUUUUCAACCAAUCAAAUUGUCCGCUCUUCAAGACCACCCGGAUAGUCCCAAUCGCCCACCAAUGAGAACGUCUGAUGAGUCACCCGUUGCCAAGUCAACCCAGACCCCGGCAGGUCACCUCCUCCAUCUACCAGCGGACAGAUCUGCGUUCCAGACCCCAUCUGGUACCCCCCCAGAACAAGACCAGACCCAGUCCAGAAGCCCUGGAGAAUCAGGCCAGAACCAGCCUUUAACCCGGCCAGAACCAGGCCAGAACCAGCCUCUAACCAGGCCAGAUUCUGUCCAGAUUUACCCCCAAACAAUCUUAGAACCGGACCAGCACCACUCACAAACCAGGCCAGAACCAGACCAGACCAGUUCCGCUGGUACCAGGCCAGAACCAGAGCAGCCUGAGAUGCCUCACAGCCUGGAGCCUUCCUUCCUCACAGUCCCAACUGAGAGAUCUUCUCCUCCUGGCCUCCAUCCUCGGCCUCACAGCCCCCAGCCUCUCAGCCCCCAGCCUCACAGCCCCCAGCCUCCCAGCCUCCAGCCUCUCAGCCCCCAGCCUCCCAGCCCCCAGCCUCCCAGCCUCCAGCCUCCCAGCCCCCAGCCUCCCAGCCUCCAGCCUCCCAGCCCCCAGCCUCUCAGCUCCCAGCCUCCCAGCCCCCAGCCUCACAGCCCCCAGCCUCUCAGCCCCCAGCCUCCCAGCAUCCAGCCUCUCAGCUCCCAGCCUCUCUCUCUACCUCACAGACACAGUUCCCCCCUGUCGCCACUAGAGGGCAGAGGGCGCUCAGGAGAGCCUUUGACCUGCCCUGAGGAGGAGGAUGAUGAAGAUCAGGCCCCUCCAGACCGUCCUGUCACUGGUCUCUCAGCAGUCUCACCUGCUCUCAGGCGGGAGCUCCUGAUGAACCCGCUAGGCUUCCUCCCCCGAGGGGCCCCCUGCCCCCCGCCCCUCUCCCCCAGCGCCCCCACCCUGCCCAACCGCAAAACGUUGGCCGCUGUGUACAGACCUCUGCAGGCCAGCCCUGUACUAGCUCCGCCCAGAUCCCCCCUGGGGGCGGUCUCUCAGUCCUUAUUGGACGCCCUGCUGAUCACGCCCAUCUCCAAAGCCCCGCCCCUCCGCCUGAGGAAGAAGAAGCGGCGCAGCGUGAGCGCCCACCACCUGCCCAGGAAGAAGAGAGUGUCAUGGCACCAGUCAGUAACUGACCCAGGGGACCCCACUCUCUCCUCCCCGGUCAAUGCUGUCUAUGUAUUUAGCGAUGACUCAGAGGAGGCGGAGCUGAGCGCCCACGAGUCGUCCUCGGUGAAGACCAUGACCAAGGCUCCUUCAGCCACACACGGUGUCCCCAAACCGGGUCAUCAUACCGGCAUUGUCACCCCGUCCUUCAAUGUGCGGGGGGGGGUUGCCGUGGUUCCUAAAGGCCCAGUGGUUCCGGUGCGGCCCGCCCCCCAGGCCCACCCUAAAGACGAGCCGUCUCUGGUCCAGAGGGCGGAACACAUCCCGGCAGGAACCAGAACACCCAUGUGUGGCCACUGUGACCAGGUCAUCAGGGGUCCGUUCCUGGUGGCCAUGGGCCGGGCUUGGCACCCCGAGGAGUUUAACUGCGCCCACUGCAGGACGUCUCUGGCGGAGGUGGGCUUCGUGGAGGAGCAGGGGGGGGUCUACUGUGAACACUGCUACGAGGAGUUCCUCGCCCCUACCUGCGGACGCUGUCAGCUGAAGAUCCUGGGGGAAGUGAUAAACGCCCUGAAGCAGGCGUGGCACGUUCACUGCUUCCUGUGUGCGUCCUGCCAGCAGCCAAUCAGAAACAACACCUUCCACCUGGAAGAGGGGGAGCCGUACUGUGAACAGGACUACUACAACCUGUUUGGGACCGGUUGCCAUGGCUGCGAGUUCCCCAUCGAGGCGGGUGAUAGGUUCCUGGAGGCGCUGGGUCACACCUGGCACGACACCUGCUUCGCCUGUGCGGUGUGCUGCACCACCCUGGAAGGUCAGACCUUCUUCUCUAAGAAGGACAAGCCGCUGUGCAAGAAGCACGCCCACACCAUUCAGAUCUAACCUCUGCUCCACACCACAGCCCCACCUGCAGGUCUGGAUGACCCCGCCCUCCACCGCUGGGCCAGUCCUCAACAACCACACCAUCUAGGUUGAAUUCUGUGUGUUGAAUGCGGUCAGAUUGUUGGGGUGUGUUUGAUUCGGACCACCAGGUACAAUUACACCACGGUAGAUGGCCUUGAAGCACACUCUUGGAGUUAUAUUAAACACACCCAAAUACCCUCAGGUAUUUUCUCUGUAUUUGAUCCAUACCUGGUUAUGCUUUGUGACUGUGAGGUGGAUGGUGAACCUACGGAGACAUGGACAAUAAAGUUGCAAGGCUUUGUAUGAAAA